AUGACUGUCAAAUUCGCCACUCCUGUGCUCAAGUACUACUGGCCAUUCGCCACCGGAGCUGCCAUCUCCUACGCCUUGAUCUGGAAGGCCGCCAGUGCCAUGCAAGACACCGACGAGUUCAUCAACGACCCAAGACACCCAAGAUUUGCCAACGGUGGUAAGUUCAUCGACUUGGAAAAGAAGGAUUAG